CGCUGUCUUGCCAAUCACGCAUUCUGUCAUUGCAGCUCCAUGUUGCUGCAGCGCAGAAGUUGAGCAGCGAAGAAGCUCCUCUACACCGCGCAGGGGUUGCGCUUGGGAUCCCCUUGUGCUUCUCCAUUGCCUCUCCCAUUACUUAGUCACCUUUCGUAGUCGUAUCCAACGCCAUGGCUUCGACUGCCGUCGGUCGCCCGGUGUCGGCUGUGAUAGCGGGUGCGGACGGUAAGGAAGCCUCGGGAUCGAGCUAUAUCUCUGAAACCCUAGCGCACGCGCUAGACUUCAAGGACAGCGAUCCUGAUAGAGCGAUUGCGCUGCUGCGGGAAGUCCUGUACCAUCCGACAUCCACCGCCGAGGUGCUGCGCAUUAUGGAACAGGCGAUCACUGCUCUGUCGGACUUGUUGUCACAGGAAAAGAAGGCAUUGGAGCUGCGCGAACUGUUGACGGAGUUGAGACCCUACUUUAAUCUUAUCCCGAAGGCUAAGACUGCGAAGAUUGUCAGGGGCAUCAUUGAUGCAGUGGCUAAGAUACCUGGCACUUCUGAUUUGCAAAUUUCGUUAUGUAGAGAGAUGGUGGAAUGGACAAGGGCUGAGAAGAGGAUGUUCUUGAGGCAGAGAGUGGAGGCCAGACUUGCGGCCCUUUUGAUGGAGAAUAAGGAGUACUCUGAGGCUCUUAGUCUGUUAACAAAUCUAGUUCGCGAGGUUCGAAGAUUGGAUGAUAAGCUAUUGCUUGUGGAUAUUGACUUGCUGGAAUGCAAGCUGUAUUUUUCGUUGCGUAAUUUAGCCAAGGCGAAGGCUGCCCUCACUGCAGCGAGGACUGCGGCAAACGCUAUAUAUGUACCCCCGGCGCAACAGGGCACAAUUGACCUUCAAAGUGGGAUUUUACAUGCUGAAGAAAAGGAUUACAAGACUGGAUUCAGCUACUUUUUUGAAGCCUUUGAAGCUUUUAAUGCCUUAGACGAUCCUCGAGCUGUUUUCAGUCUGAAGUACAUGUUGCUGUGCAAGAUCAUGAUUAACCAGGCAGAUGACGUGGGAAGUCUUAUUUCUUCCAAAGCCGGCCUUAAGUAUACCGGUGUUGAGCUGGACGCAAUGAAAUCUGUUGCCGUUGCUUACAGCAAGCGGUCUCUGAAGAAUUUCGAAGAAGCAUUGAAUGUGUAUAAAGAGCAGUUAGAGGAGGAUCCAAUUGUCCAUCGUCAUUUAUCUUCGUUAUAUGACACCUUACUGGAGCAGAAUUUAUGCCGAUUGAUUGAACCUUUUUCUCGAGUGGAGAUCUCUCAUAUCUCUGAACUUAUCGGUCUCCCAGUCGGAAAUGUUGAGAAGAAGCUCUCGCAAAUGAUCCUUGACAAGAAAUUUGCGGGUACUCUAGACCAAGGAGCAGGUUGUUUGAUUAUUUUCGACGAUGUGAAACCUGAUGGAAUAUAUCCUUCUACUCUUGAAACGAUAUGCAACAUCAGCAAGGUGGUAGAUAGUCUCUACUUGAAGUCUGCCAAAAUAAUGGCAUAGUAGACUCCAUGGGUUUUCUUUAGCAAUUGCGUCCAAAAUUUCUGCAUCUGCCUUUCUGAUGUAUAGGAUGUGCACCUUUUGGAUUAUUUUAGGAUUUUGGCUUUCCACAAACUGAACUUGGGGAAUAUGUGUGUCACAAAUGUUUUUUCUGGAUAGUAAUCAAAAGCAAUGAAAUAACGAGGGAUGCAACAUCAUGCUGAGUUCUGUUCAAUAA